AUGAAAACCAGAGGUACGCAAGUGAACAAAUUUGGUAGUAAUUUUGGUACAUGUAAAUCCCCAGUAUCAUUAAAUCCAGUACCAGAAUAUAAUUCAUGCUCGAAGAUUCAAGAACUCAGUCGUUGGACAGUUUCAGGCAUCAUUUUGUCGAGAUAUUAUCAACCAAGUUUCCAUGACUUGAUUAAAUUGGCCAGGGCAACAGUGGAGGAACCACCUUCACUGAUCGUUGCCUUUGCCUCCGCCUCCUUUUCUUUGGUGCACUUUCUGAGUGACUCACCCGUGUCUGAGUCCAUCAACUCUCUUACUCGACUCUCGACCUCUUCAGCAGUGACAACCGUCUUCUGA